AUGUCUUCCGACCAGCAGAUCAUUUUCACCAAGGACGCCCCUGCGGCGCUUGGCCCUUACUCUCAAGCCAUUAAGACCCCCAACAUGAUCUACUGCUCUGGCCAGAUUCCUCUUACGCCCGAGGGUGAGAUGGUUCAGGGUAUCACCGAACAGACCCGCCAGGCUUGCAAGAAUGUCCAGGCUGUUGUUGAGGCGGCAGGCUCGUCUAUUUCCAAGGUUGUCAAGACCACGGUCUUCAUCUCUGACAUGUCCUACUUUGCUGAAAUCAACACUGAGUACGAGAAGUGGUUUUCACACAAGCCUGCCCGCAGCUGUGUGGCUGUCAAGACUCUUCCCAAGAACGUUGACGUUGAGAUUGAGGUCAUUGCUCUUCCAUAG